UGACAUUUUACUUGGUCGGUAAAUACGUCUGAUUAUAGCAUCUUCUUAACUUUCGCUGUUCGUCCGAUAUCGUGCGGACGCUUUUCAAAUUUCAAAUCGUCGUAAGGACGCAGCUUUUUUAAAACACCCCUUACGUGCCACGAGGGAUAUGGCAGUGUAGGUGCGCUAUAUACGACCCUCGAGAAUAUAGUUCGCGGGGGUGAAAGACGGCGCCGGCCGCACCCCGACGUCGCGACAUCAGUCGUCGUCUCGACGGUGCUCAACAAGUUUCUUCCGGGACUUUCUGGUUCAAAAAUUAUUUCUGGUUAGUUCGCUGUUCCGUUGUAGAUAGAAAAAACGUGUAGACAAUUAUCGUUAAAACUGGAACAAAAAUCACCCGCGUCUUGCCGCUAAUUUUACACGCAGUGGUUCUAGACGAAAUGAAGUCUGGACUUAAAAAUGAAGAUAGUUUGGGAGAAGAUUGGUCCUCAACUAAGACAAACGGGGGUAAAAUGAUACGAAGAACGACAAGGAGAACAGAAAGGCUAAAUUUCAAAUCAUCAAGGGCUUCCCGAACGACAACACCAAGAGAAAAAACACUUAGAAGAUUGGAGAGUAAUGAAAGAGAAAGAAUGAGGAUGCACAGUUUGAAUGACGCGUUUCAGUCUUUGAGAGAGGUGAUACCGCAUGUCAGUAAAGAAAGACGUUUAUCCAAGAUAGAGACACUUACUUUGGCCAAAAACUACAUAGUGGCUCUGACUGAUGUAAUUUGCGCUAUGAGAAACGACGAGCAAUCAGCAGAUCAAGAAACACCAGAGGGUCCUCAGGAAGGAGUGUCGAACCAGACGAGAACAACGGUUCGCAUAAACAUCAACACGCCAAGCUCUUCGAGAUCUUCAAGCCCUGAUAUGCAGAGUUUUUACGAAAGCAAUGACGAUAAACUACCAUGGGAAGCAAACUCGGACGGUUGUCACACGUUUUGAGAGAAAGAUCAACGAACAAUACUGACUGCUCGAAUAUUUUCAACUUUAAUCAAAUAUGAGAUGCUAAUGACAAAUUUAAGGUAUUAUUAAUAAUUCAGAUGUCUCACAAUUUUGGGAUGUAAUUCUAGUCCUAGGCUAUAAAGAGAAGAAGAAAACUAUAUUAUUAUUCGUACAUAUUUUAGCAAAAUGCACUCGAGUAGUUCCAUUAGUAAAUAUAUAUAUAUAUAUAUAUAUAUACACACACACUAUGCCUCGUUUGUACCAAGUAUAUAUUGUUUAAAGGUGUUGAAGGGAUGGCAGGUUGAGUUAUAAAUUACUUGCACAAUCCGUGUUUUUCAUAUUUUGUUACGUGAUUUUCAUCUGAGUGUGAUAAUAGUUUGAUUUGUAGCUAAUCAGUGAGAGCAUUUUGCACUACUCAUAUGUAUAUUUUAGGAGUGCAAGGCGUAUCACAAAAAAAUAAGAAAUGUUGAAAGAUAAUGAUACCGUAGCUUAGUGUAUAAAAUCAGUGCCAAAAAUUAUAUGAAAAAAAAUAUCCUAUAACAGUAUUAUUGUAAGCGAUUAAAAACGAAGAUACUAAGAGGAAAAAAAAGAUACAAAUUCUCAUAUGCAAAUACGUAAAACAAUAUUUUUAGACAAAUUAUAGCUAUUUUAAGCCAGUUAGAAAAGUGUGAAGAAAGUAAUCUAAUUCUAAUUCAAAUACAAUCAACCUUCCACAUAUGCUUCCUGAUAUCAAGUAUAUUAAAUUAUAUUCUAAAAUAAUUUACAUACAUUCACAUGUAUACACUGUCGAUACCCAAAGGUUUAAAGAAAAUAUUCUAUUAAUUAUAUUAUUAAAGCUUCAAUUGAGAGAGAUUAUAUUCUGAUUAAUUGGCGUUAUGUGUCAAUUCGAUCGUGAUAAUAAACACAUGAUUUAUCGCAUGCUAAAAGUGUCAAAAUUCCGUUCAUAAAUUUCAGCAACAAUUUAAUCAUAGUGCCCUCUGUCUCUCUUACAUUCAAUUCGGUAAAUUUUCAUAGGUUAAGCAUAUACAAAUAUUCGUAAAAAAUUUAUCUAAUGAUUAAAAUCGAUCAAAAGUGUUGAUCAGUAAGUGAUUAUAUUUACGCUCAGUGAAUGAGUUUAGAGUGAUAACUGAUUAGAUGAAAUACAUUUGUGGAUUUUUUCACACCGACAUAGUCACUAUUUUAACGACAUGUAGAAGGUGUAUUUUUGCCUUUUGGGCUUUAAAAUGAAUAAGGUUUAUCUAUGACGUGUUAAAAACUGAUAUGCACGAUUGAAAUGGUGGUAAAUUAAACGUACGUAAAAAUAUUUACAGAACUUGUGAAAGGUUUAUUGUUGUUAAAUCACUAAACAUGAUACUCAGGAAGACUGCAACACUCUGAAUUGGAAAAAGUAAGGCACUUACUAGUGAUUAUAAUUAUGAUGUAACGAUUCAGCUUGAGCCAAAUGAUA